AUCUCCUCCGACAUCUCCUCCGACAUCUCUUCUCGUUCCAUUUUCCCAUUUCACCAUUUUAGGUUUUUUUUUUUUUACUAAGAUUAAGCGAAUCUGGGUUCACCAUCACCAAUGUUGGAUUUUUUUCUUCCUCCUUUUCUCUCUCAAUCCUUCGAAAAUCAAACUUUUUCCUUCCUUUCCCCACUCAUCCUUCUUCUUUCUUCUUCCUAUUCUUUUUCUCUCUCUUCUUCCUUCUUCUUCCUCUCCCAAUCAAACCCAGAUCUGGGUUUUUCCCAUCCAAAGUCAACAUCUCCCUACAAAGAAUUGGAACCAAUGUCGCAUUCUUCCACUCAAACUACGUGAUUGUUGUCUUGUUCCUCCUCUUCCUCAACUUGCUUUGGCACCCCGUCUCCCUGAUCGUCUUCAUCAUCAUGAUGGCUCGUGGCUAAAAGAAAAUGAACAAAAUCAAAACCCUUAAUAGUUAUUUUAGCUUCCAUUAAACAAUUAAUCCUGAAUCCAGUUACUUGUCAACACCUAUAUCCAUCUCCAUAGCUCCCACCGAUAUACCCAGAAUCUCGUACAAUGAUGUGCAGGAUGCCAUACCCUAAGGUCUCAGAUAACGAGAUUCCUGUUCUUCCUUGGAAGUAUAACGGUUGGCAAUUGCAACGGUGGCACUCGGAGGAUAGAAUCGAGUGUGGCGUAAGUUACAGGAGGUGGGUUCAGAGUUUUGAGAAGGGGACGAACGAGGAUGAGAGAGGAGGAGAAGAGAGCAUCUUAAGUAACUGUGUUAUGGAGGUAUGGGGUGGAAGAUGGAAGUGGAGAUAUGGGUUUGAGAAAAACCUUGAUUUGGAUUUGAGAAAAACCCAGAUCUGGGUUUGAUUUGGAAAGGAAGAAGGGAGAAGAGAGAGAAAAAGAAUAAGAAGGAAAAAGAUGAAUUUUUUUUUUUUUUAGUUUGAAAAAUUAUGAAACAAUAAUAAAAAAUAUCAUAUUUU